AUGUCGACCACCAAUUCACAACCUCCCAGCCCUCCCACGACAGCGUGUAUCGGUUUAUCCGCUACGGCCCUUAUUGUUUUCAUCAUCUUGCUGUUCCCAGCCCUAUAUGUUGCGUAUAAACACCGGAAAACUGGCAAGGCGUGGUUUCCUCCCUUCAUGGUCUUUUUUAUCUUUCGAAUCAGUUCGGACAUCUAUUACCUCUCCCGGCGUAAUGAACCCGAUAUUCCGACAGCGUUUGCUAUGAUGGCCGCCGCUGCCUGCACGGCUACCUUAUCGGUAACCAUUAUUGGCUUGAUCUACGAAGCUUUGACCCUCCCAUUAUUCCCAUAUAAACGUCAAAGGAAUAAGAUAAUGGUCAUCGCGGUGAACGUCAUCUACAACAUCGGCACGAUCCUAGCAGCAUAUGGCGGGAUGCGAGAUACAACGAUGCCGAACAACAUAAAGAACGAAGCUCUCGACAAGGCCGGAAACAUCAUCAUGUUCCUUGUGAUGCUCGGGACUCUGGUCUGGCUAUAUCCUGCUGGCAAACACAUAUCUUAUGCUCGACAAGAUAUAAGCUACCGCUCUGCUGAAGUGUUGAUGAUGGCUGCCGCGCCUGCCACAGUCCUUCAGUUGAUCCGCAUGAACUACGACCUCAUUUUCUCAUUUACGCAAAUCGCCAUAUUGCAUCCUACCACGGGAAGCUUUGCCAUCAGAUUUGUCACUUUUUCCUUGCAGCUCGCUAUUGUUUUAAUGGUAGUUGUUGCCGGCUGGUUCAGUAAAGAUGCCCCAAUAAUUCGCGCCAGGGUUCUUAAAACCGAUAGCACCUCUGAAUUAGUUUGA